AUGAGAAGCCCUGAGGAUUCUGACGUGCGCUGUGAGUGCCUGGUUAAGGAAUGCUGCUCUCGUACGUUUCACGUGCGAUCAAGUCAAACAGGGCCUCGUAACCUGGUGUUACGUGGCUUUUGCACUGUUAAAGGCGUGGUGCUUGCAGUGCGGGUAACUUACUGCUCUGGUUCUGAAUUUGUUUUCCAUGUCUGUAGAUCAGAGAAGCCCAACUGGGAUUACCACGCAGAGAUACAAGCUUUUAGCCACCGGCUACAUGAAAAUUUUUCUUUGGAUCUUCUCAAGACUGCAUUUAUUAAUUCUUGUUAUAUUGAAAGUGAAGAGGCAAGACGCCGAGAGCUUGGGCUAGACAAAGAAACGGUUGCUCUUAAUCUACAAGAUAACAGUAAACUUGCUGAACAAGGGAUGUCUUUUUCGCGUUCUUACCUGACGCAGUGCUUUGAAGGUGCCUACCCAGAUUUACCGGCAGAGGGGAUAGGAGCACUUGUUGAUUUUCUUACCAGUCAGGAACUUGUUUCUUAUGUGGCUCAAAACCUGUCUGUACAGGACCUGACGCUUUGCAAAGAGUUUCCUGUCCCACCAAAUGUGCUACAGAGGACGUUCUUUGCUGUAAUAGGAGCCUUGCUCGAUAGCAGCGGGCCUGAGAAAACAGGGAUCUUUGUCAGGGAUUUUUUUAUUCCCCAACUGAUUGGAAAAGACCUGUUUGAGAUCUGGAAAGUUGUAAAUCCUAUGGGCCUACUAGUGGAAGAACUGACCAAGAGGAAUAUCUCUCCUCCAGAACCAAGAAUUACCAGGCAGUUGGGCGUCAGCACCGUUCUGCCGCUGUACUUUGUUGGGUUGUACUGUGAUAAGAAGAUUAUAGCUGAAGGUCCUGGUGAAACGCUGCUUGCUGCAGAGGAAGAAGCUGCCCGCGUGGCACUGCGGAAGCUAUAUGGGUAUACAGAGAACAGGAGACCUUGGGAUUACUCGAAACCCAAACAAGGACUGGCAGCUGCAAAGGCUAUCAGUACUUCAUUUUCCCCCCAUCUUUUGGCCGCUUAA